AUGUGUCAGCACUGACACAAAACUAUAUUACACUUGUCUCGCUCACACACGUGUUGUUCACGACGAGGCACAAAUUAAAUUCGAAUAAUAUUGACAUUGUUUUUGAAAUGCAGCGGUUUAAGGAAAUAUUUGGCAAAAAUAAAUGCAAAAUUAUUGGCAUGAUACAUGUGAACGCGUUGCCAGGCACACCGCGCUAUGCCUACAGAGACUGGGAGAAAACCAUCGAGAAGGCCCAACACGAAGCGGAGCUGUAUAAGCAACACCAAGUGGAUGGAGUACUCAUUGAGAACAUGCAUGACGUGCCUUAUGUGCGGGAUCAGAAAAUUGGCGCCGAAACUGUGGCCUGCAUGACGCGACUCUCGCAAGCGGUGCGCAGGAUUAUUCCACUCAAAAUACCCUGUGGUGUCCAGGUGCUGGCCUGCGGUAAUAAGCAUGCGUUGGCCGUGGCCAAGGCCAGUGAAUUGCAAUUUAUUCGCGCCGAAGGUUAUGUUUUUGGGCACAUUGGUGACGAGGGCUACACGGACUCGUGUGCUGGCGAACUAUUGCGGUAUCGAAAGAAAAUCGAUGCCGAGGAUGUCUUGGUUUUCACCGAUCUCAAAAAGAAACACAGUUCGCAUGCCAUCACAGCUGAUGUUAGCUUACUGGAAACGGCGCAUGCAGCCGAAUUCUUUCUUACUGAUGGCAUUAUAAUCACGGGUACUGCAACAGGUAAGGCUGCAAGUGCCGAGGAUUUGGAUGAGUUGGCGGGCAAACUGAAGGUACCUUUAAUCAUUGGCUCUGGUGUCACAAAAGACAACAUUGAGGAAUACUUUAACAAGGCGGAUGCGGUUAUUAUUGGUUCACACUUUAAGCACAAUGGCAACUGGUUAGAGGACAUUGAUGAGCAGGCUAUAGAGGACUUUAUGCGCAGUAUCUGCAGGCUACGCGACGCGACCGAGUAAUUCGAUAAAAUCAAUUUAAACAUUAAUUUCUAAAGUUCAACAAGUUCGAAUUAAAAAAGCCGGUAUAUGGUGGGAAAAUACAGAGUGACCGGAGCUCCGAUUUAAAAAAUUGCCGUAACUAGGCCAACAUCACCGUUGCUUUGCUCAAUUUAGUAGUUAUCGAUAAUCGGAUAAAUUGACAGUAGAGCGGGAAAAUAAAUUAUAUGUUUGAAAUGAA